AUGUCAGAUGAGAACAGUAACACUGAGGUUCAAGAUAUUCCUUUUCCUGAACAAUCCAUCGAUAGCAAUUCUAACGAAAAUGAAUCGAUGAAUAAUUCAAGCGGAGAUGAUCAAACCGAAUUCGAUGCCCCAGAGGAAGAAAGGGAAGCCGAAAGGGAGGAGGAAAACGAAGAACAACAUGAACUGGAAGAUGUCAACGAUGAAGAGGAAGAGGAUAAGGUGGAAGAAGGAGAAGAAAACGACGAAGAAAUCGGAGGAGUCAUGAACACGGAAGAACAUCAACAACAAAGAAGCGGAAAUAAUGAUGAUGAUGAUGAUGAUGAUGAUGAUGAUGAAGAUGACGAUGACAAUGAUGAUGGGGGGGAUGACGAUGAUGAUGAUGAUGACGAUGAAGGAGAGGAAGAAGAGGAGGACAAUGAUGAAGAAGAAGAUGGUGACAGCAAUAAUUCUGUGGGUUCAGAUAGCGCUGGUGAAGAGGAUGAGGAUGAGGAAGAGGAAGAUGAAAGCGAUAGGACGAAAGAUAAGCAGGUUGAAAUUCGUCGUGAUACGUUGGAAAAAGAACAAAAAGACGUGGAUGAAGCUAUAAAAAAAAUCACUCGUGAUGAAAAUGAGAACACUCAGUUUUUAACUAAUAUGGAAAAUGUUAAUUACGAUCUUCUACAAAAGCAAGUCAAAUACAUUAUGGAUAGUAACAUGCUAAAUCUACCUCAAUUUCAACAUUUACCUCAAGAAGAAAAGAUGUCUGCCAUUUUAGCAAUGUUAAAUUCAAAUUCUGAUACAGCCCUCUCUACUCCCACUCAAGAUACAGUUGUGACAGCUGCAGCUACGACCUCAAUCGCAGGCGGCGCAAGAAACAAUGAUCAAAGAAAACCUCCACUAUCCGAUGCCCAAAGGCGUAUGAGAUUCCCCAGAGCAGAUUUAUCUAUGCCGAUCACUGAAGAAGAACACGACCGUUAUGCAGCUUAUUUGCACGGUGAAAAUAAGAUCACAGAAAUGCACAAUAUCCCGCCCAAGUCAAGAUUAUUCAUUGGUAAUUUGCCACUAAAAAACGUUUCUAAGGAGGAUUUAUUUAGAAUUUUCUCUCCAUACGGCCAUAUUAUGCAAAUCAAUAUCAAAAAUGCUUUUGGGUUCAUUCAGUUUGAUAACCCUCAAAGUGUUCGAGAUGCGAUUGAAUGCGAGUCUCAAGAAAUGAAUUUUGGGAAAAAGUUGAUCCUGGAAGUUUCUAGUUCGAAUGCUCGUCCCCAAUUUGAUCACGGUGAUCAUGGUACAAACAGUAGUUCCACUUUUAUUUCUUCUGCCAAACGGCCAUUUCAGACUGAAUCUGGUGAUAUGUAUAAUGACGAUAAUGGUGCUGGUUACAAGAAGUCCAGAAGACACACCGUUUCCUGCAACAUUUUUGUUAAAAGAACCGCCGAUCGUACGUAUGCCAUUGAGGUUUUCAACAGGUUUAGGGAUGGUACUGGUUUGGAAACUGAUAUGAUUUUCUUGAAACCAAGAAUGGAACUAGGAAAGCUUAUUAAUGAUGCCGCAUAUAAUGGCGUUUGGGGUGUUGUUUUAGUCAAUAAAACACAUAAUGUGGAUGUUCAAACUUUCUACAAGGGUUCGCAAGGUGAAACCAAAUUUGAUGAAUACAUUAGCAUAUCCGCUGAUGAUGCUGUUGCCAUUUUUAACAACAUCAAGAAUAAUAGAAAUAAUUCUCGUCCUACUGAUUACCGUGCUAUGAGCCAUCAGCAAAACAUGUACGGCGCACCCCCUCUUCCUGUGCCAAAUGGCCCAGCUGUUGGACCUCCUGCCCAGACAAACUACUACCAGAGUUAUGGUAUUCCUCCUCCACAGCAGCAACAGCAACAACCAUAUGCUCAAUCUUAUGGAAUGCCACCACCAUCCCACGAUCAAGGCUAUGGUGCCCAACCUCCAAUUCCGAUGAAUCAAAGUUACGGUCGCUACCAAAACUCUAUUCCAGCCCCACCGCCUCCACAACAACAAAUCCCUCAAGGCUAUGGUCGUUAUCAGGCUGGUCCGCCUCCACAACCACCUUCUCAGACUCCAAUGGACCAGCAACAACUAUUAUCUGCCAUUCAAAACCUUCCACCAAACGUUGUAUCAAAUCUGCUUUCAAUGGCCCAACAACAGCAACAGCAACCCCAUGCUCAGCAGCAAUUGGUUGGUUUAAUACAAUCAAUGCAAGGCCAGGCUCCUCAACAACAGCAGCAACAGUUAGGUGGAUAUGCCUCUAUGAACCCAUCAUCUCCCCCUCCUAUGAGUAGUAAUUACAAUGGUCAAAAUAUAUCUGCAAAAUCUUCUGCCCCACCAGUGUCACACCAACCUCCACCACCUCCUCAACAACAACAACAGCAACAACCACAGCAGCAACAGCAACCUGCUGGUAAUAAUGUUCAAAGUCUUUUAGAUAGUUUGGCAAAACUACAAAAAUAG